AAAAUAUUUUUGAUUACACAAAACUUGGACUCAUGGACUAUAUUACAUAUAAAUUAUGUCUUGACAUUUUGAUGGCCACCCGUCGAUUGUAUGGAUGUGCCUGAAAGACCCGUCACAUGCAUCACAAGUACUGCCACAACCACUGCCAACUAACUGGCCUUUGACUACUUAUCCUGCAAUUGACUGCAAAAUAAAUUUUUAGUUUUAUUGAUAAUAUAUUUUUUAAAACCGACGAUUUUAAGGACUUUUUUUGUCGAUUUUUGCGAAUAUUUAUAUUAUUAUAAAAAACAAGUGAAGACCACUUCAUGAUAUGAGAAGCUAUUUGUGGAAAGUCAUGAUUAAAGCGCCAAAAGGAAGUGAAUAAUCGUUGAAUAAAAAGGAUGACUUCAAUAAAGACAAUUAUGAUUUGGUUGUUAUUAAGUACAGUGUUUAUGAUAGUGAGUGUCACUAACGGUGCCCAAUAUGUAGCACCUGGCGAUUGCACGUGGAAUCACAUUCCCCAAAGCAGUUUUGAUGUAUUACUUAAGUGCCAGUUGAGGACAAUCAACCCGUCGGGCCUUAACUUUAGUCUUAUUCAAACUGAACACACUAUUAGUCUUACGGUAGUCUGUGAUGAGUCUCUGUUUGAGUCGCGUCUGGAGAACGGCUCACUCAGUCACUUGCGGUUCUUGAAGUCAUUGGACAUCGAGAACUGUAAACUAAAACAACUAAGUGGUGGUGCACUCACAGGUUUGCAACAACUUCGCAACCUAACAGUGCGCACUCAUAACAACAAUUUAGGCUCACAAUCACUGGCACUGACACACGAAUCACUGUCCAGUUUGAAGCACUUGGAGAAGUUAGAUCUCGGCUUCAACUAUAUCGGACAGUUGCCACAGGACUUGUUUUGUCCACUGGCCAGCCUUAAGACUCUUAAUUUAACUCAAAAUCGACUCAGUGGUUUCGGUAGCUUUGGUCUCAUAGAUCCGGCUACUGGUCAGCUGUGUCUACAAGAGUUACAACGCCUUGAUUUGUCCCACAAUCACAUCUCAUUCCUGUCAGAGACAGGUGUGGCCUCUUUGAGGAAUCUUCAGGCACUCUAUUUGCAGAAUAACAGAAUUGCAGAGUUGGCUGAACUGUCUUUCUCUGCCCUCAAGAAGUUACAUAUAAUUGAUUUAUCAAACAAUUUGUUGCAAACAAUUCCGUCGCGAUCUUUCAGAGAGUCUGAAGAACUGAAAGAAUUACAUCUGCAAAACAAUUCACUGACAGUACUGCCGGCCGGCAUAUUCAGCGGUUUGUCUAAACUACUGAUCCUCGAUCUGAGUCACAAUCUUAUCGGCAGUGAGUGGAUCUUUCCGGAGACAUUUGCGGAUCUCAUUCGUGUUGUUGUCUUAAAUUUGGGAUUCAAUCGUUUGAAAAGCAUAAAUGCGUCGACAUUUCAAAAUCAAUACUCUUUACAGAUCUUGUAUCUCAACAACAAUGAGAUCGAACAGAUCGGUGACAAUUCAUUUGCCUCUCUUUACAAUUUACAUACACUUAUACUAAAAGGCAAUCGACUUAAGAAUGUCUAUUCAUUUACAUUCAAUGGAUUAUAUGUGUUAAGCCAACUAUCCUUAGCUGAGAAUGAGAUCUCCAGAGUAGACGACAACGCCUUCAGAAAUAGUAGUAAUCUUCAAAGUCUUCAUCUCAAUGGUAACCUCUUAUCUGAAGUUCCGAUUGCAGUAUCAGCUUUAAGAUCAUUGAAAAGUUUAUACCUGAGUGACAAUGAUAUCAAAGUUAUUAAAAAUUCAUCAUUUGUUGGUUUGAAUAAUCUGUCGGAGUUGAAGCUGUCGGGCAAUGAGUUGGCAAACUUGACGAGAGGGACACUCAAAGAGUUACAAUCUCUUUACGAAUUAGAUCUCUCUUGGAAUCGCAUCAAUGGUCUCGAUCACGGAGUCUUUGACGACGCGCCCACAUUAAAGACCAUUCAAUUAGACAAUAACUUCUUGAGUGAUAUCAAUGGCCUUUUCAUGAACUUAAAUAACUUGCAUUAUCUUAAUGUAUCCAACAAUAAGAUAACAUGGUUUGAUUACGCCCUUAUCCCCCGUUCCCUUAAUAAACUGGACAUACAUCACAACGAAAUUGAAACUUUAGGCAACUAUUUCGAGUUGGAAAGUGCUCUACAGCUCGAGGACUUUGAUGUCAGCCAUAACCUAAUUAAAGAGAUCUCUGGCUCAGCCAUACCCAACCGUAUCGAACGGAUCAACUUAAGUGAUAAUAAGAUCCGUGUUGUACAUCAGUUCACAUUUAUGGCCAAACAUAACAUCACUUUUGUCGAUCUUCGCAACAAUACAUUGCAAACGCUUGACAUCAAUGCUUUCAGAUUGAAAGCUCUGACUGCAAACAGACAGUCGCCUGAGUUUUAUGUGUCAUCCAAUCCAUACUAUUGUGACUGUACUAUGGAAUGGCUACAGAGGAUCAAUAGUUUGGACACCAGUACCCGACAAUAUCCACGUAUUGUGGACUUAGAGCAAGUGAUGUGUCAAUUGCCAUUUGUUAGGCACAACCAAUUGGUGCCGUUGACCAAAGCAAACUCAUCCAACUUUUUGUGUAAAUACAAGUCUCAUUGUUUUGCUUUAUGUCAUUGUUGUGACUUUGAUGCGUGUGAUUGUGAGAUGAUGUGUCCAGAAAACUGUACCUGCUACUAUGACCAAACCUGGAACACCAAUGUUGUCGACUGUUCCACCAAAUCCUAUAAUGCCAUCCCAUCCCGUAUACCAAUGGAUGUGACGGCUCUCUACUUGGAUGGCAACGACAUCUUCACACUAACCAGUCAUACGUUUAUUGGACGCAAAAAUAUGAAACAGUUGUACCUAAAUAAUAGUAAUAUACAUAAUAUAAGUAAUCGCACUUUUAAUGGACUCGUAUACCUGGAAGUGCUGCACCUGGAGUACAAUCAGCUGACUAUUCUUCACGGCUAUGAGUUUGAUUCACUGCAUUAUCUCAAAGAGCUUUAUCUUCAUCACAACCGUUUGCAUACCAUUAAUAAUAAUACAUUCAUUCAUCUGAAAUCACUACAAGUGCUGCACUUGGAGUAUAACUCAAUUGUCGAGUUUCAAGUGUUCACAUUAAGCGCAUAUAACACGAGGUUGUCUGCUCUCUACCUGUCCAACAAUUUGUGGUCGUGUAAGUGUGCUUUUAUGGAUGACUUUGUUGAGUGGGCCCGAGUCAGUGCACCGCAUCUGCCCGACGCUCAUCAGAUCCGAUGCUAUUAUAAUAGCACACAUGUGGGCCCAUACAUCUCGCAGUUUAACUCGACUACCUGUGCCAAUAAUGCUUUGGGUGCCAUUGGCAUUGGUAUGAUUGGUGGCACUGAUGACACUAAAGUAAACCAACAAAGCAACAACAAUUUGGUUUCACUUUUACCGCCCAAUCAGUUCAUUCGCGAUAAUAUCAUAUACAUUGCAAUUGUGUUUUGUUUGUUAAUAUUGGUGUGUCUUAUGAUAGUACUGUUGUGUGUCUAUCGUAAAGAACUUAAAGUCUGGAUGUACAGCAAGUAUGGCGUCCGACUGUUCCAGAGGUCGCGAUACACACCAGAGACGGAAAAACUGUUUGACUCAUUUGUGUCCUACUGUAAGAAAGAUGAGGCCUUUAUCGCCCAGAUAUUGGCGCCGGAGUUGGAGUGCGGUCACCCACCCUAUCGUCUGUGCCUUCGUUAUCGGGACCUACCGAUGUCCGGCUAUGUGGCCGAAGCUAUCACCGAAGCCAUAGAGUGUAGUCAUCGAACAAUUAUCUUAUUGUCGGAACACUUCCUAAAGUCCGAGUGGUGUCGGUUUGAGUUGAAAGCCGCACAUCAGGAGACACAGUGUAAUAAAAAUCAUAAACUAGUUGUUGUCUUAUUAGACAAAAAUAAUUUAAGUGAAUUAGACGCCGACACACGUAUGUGCCUCAGGUCGGUACCCGUUAUUCAUUGGGGUGACCGACGAUUUUGGGAGAAACUCCGAUACGCUAUGCCUCCCGCAAGGGGUCAACUCAACAAACCCAUGAAUUGUCCCGAUGUUCGCGCGUCCCUUGAAUUCAAAAGGGCUGUCAAUAAUAUGGGAAAAGCCGUCUAAUAGUGUCAAUGCUUUAUAAAUACAUUAAAUCUUAUUAUUAAAAUAUUUAAAUAUA